GUGAUUAGUUGGACGCGUCGACGUCGAUGGGGAUGAGAAGUAGUGGAGAACCCAGAAUAUCCGCCUACCUUUGGGAACCGUCAUUAUUCGUCUAAAACCCUCAAAUUUCCCAAAAUUUCUCCAUUUCUACCAAAAAAUCUCACUUUAAUUCCCUGUGAAAGAUCUGCUCUCUCUGAUUCCAAUAUGGCGGCGACGGUGGCGAUCUCAGGCAUCUCCUCUCGUACGUUGGGGAUUUCACGGCCUUUGGUUACUCCUCGACGCUCUAGAGCCGCCGUUUCGUACAGUUCCACUCACCGGUUGCUCUGUCAUCGUCCUGUCUCUUCUCGUCGCUUGCUUUUGAGGAACAAUCAUCAGGUUCAAGCAACGAUUUUGCAAGACGAUGAGGAGAAAGUUGUGGUGGAGGAAUCAUUUAAAGCCGAGACUUUUACUGGUAAAGAACCUCUUGAUGAGCCAAAUACGACUUCUUCUUCAACUAGUGCUUUUGAGUCAUGGAUCAUCAAGCUUGAGCAAGGAGUCAAUGUCUUCCUUACUGACUCGGUGAUUAAGAUACUUGACACACUGUACCGUGACAGAACCUAUGCAAGGUUCUUUGUUCUUGAGACCAUUGCUAGAGUUCCUUAUUUUGCUUUUAUGUCUGUGCUACACAUGUAUGAGACCUUUGGUUGGUGGAGGAGAGCAGAUUAUUUGAAAGUACACUUUGCUGAGAGCUGGAAUGAGAUGCACCACUUGCUCAUAAUGGAAGAAUUGGGUGGAAACUCUUGGUGGUUUGAUCGUUUUCUGGCCCAGCACAUAGCAACGUUCUACUACUUCAUGACAGUUUUCUUGUAUAUCGUAAGCCCUAGAAUGGCAUAUCACUUUUCGGAAUGUGUGGAGAGCCAUGCAUAUGAGACUUAUGAUAAAUUUCUCAAGGCCAGUGGAGAGGAGUUGAAGAAUAUGCCUGCCCCCGAUAUUGCAGUAAAAUACUAUACCGGAAGUGACAUGUACUUAUUUGAUGAGUUCCAAACAUCCAGAGUUCCCAAUACUCGAAGACCAGUAAUAGAGAAUUUAUACGAUGUGUUUCUGAACAUAAGAGACGAUGAAGCAGAACACUGCAAGACAAUGAGAGCUUGCCAGACUCUGGGGAGCCUGCGUUCUCCACACUCCAUAUUAGAAGAUGAUGCUGAAGAAGAUUCAGGCUGUGCUGUUCCUGAGGCGGCUCAUUGCGAAGGUAUCGUAGACUGCAUCAAGAAAUCCAUUACGAGUUAGAUAGAAAGGAAAAAUAAAGAAGAUUUGAUUGUAACUGUAUCAGCUUAUGAAGAAUAGAUAUAUAAAGUGUAAAAUUCCCAUCAUUAUGUGUGUGGGAGAGAAUCAAAUACCAAAGUGAUGUAAAGUUACAAAGAUGAGCUUUAAUAUUAAUCAUCUAAGUUGUUGGAUGAAUUUGAAAUCACAGCCAUUGUGAUAGCAUAA